UAAUGAUACUGUUGAGUAAACUAGUACAAAAUCAACUCAUAUAAAACUUUGACAGAUACCAUGUUCUAUAAUCAUACGACAACCCGAACCAUUUGUGGCGAUGGCUACAAUGUUUCUUGCCAUUGCAUUAAAAACAGACUGCAUGUAAUUAUUUCAAACAUAAAUUAAACUACAACAAAAUUAGGAUAGGAUAGAUCUAAAAAAGGGCUUUCUAAAGGCUUAAGAUCAUAUAUUACAUUAUAUUAUGUGAAUGGUAAAUUUGAAAUUACCUGUCUAGUGAAAUUAUUGUUAUUUACAAUAAAGAAGUGGAGGAGGUUGUUAAGCCUCAAAUUAUCUACACCUAUAAAUGCAAGGGUAAGAAGGGAAAUGGCCAGCCAGCUAAGGUGACAGAAGGAGAAACAAUCAGUUAGAGACCACAAAACCAUUUUAAAAGGUAGCAGGAGGGAGAAGGAAGGUUUCAGGGAAUAUUUUGGGGUAAAGGUUGAGAGUGGCUUUUGCAGGAGAGGACCACCAGCUCUCUCUAAUGUGCUGGUUGAUUUUAUUUCCAUUUUUGCUCAAUCAUCUUGUCUUCUUUAAGGAGUGUUGCUACAUUUUGGGGAAUGUUUUCUUUUCCAUUUUUGAUUACUUUUGAAAGCUCAAUGGAGAAUGUUCAUAAAUAAAUCUAUCUUAGUCUCAUUACUCUGUUCUCUUCUUGUUUUCUUUCUUGCAUAUCGGUUAGGUUAUUUGUUGCAGGGAAGAAGAACCUAGCAAGUGGUAUCAGAGCUCGCUUCAACCUAGGGUGAACAAGAGCUAUGGCUCAAAAGCAACUGGAGGAAAAAAGAACCUAGCAAGUGGUAUCAGAGCCCGCUUCAACCUAGGGCGAACAAGAGCUAUGGCUCAAAAGCAACUAGAGGAAAGAAUGGAGAAGAACGUGAAGGAGAUCUCAGAAGUAAAAGAGAUGCUGAUGGGAUUAUGCAAAAACAUUGAAAAGCUCACGGAGGAGAUGAUUGAAAGUAACUCCGUCCGGAAGGCUGAGGAAUCAGGGACUACUGACGCACUGUGAUUGAAGCUCAAGGGGAAGAUCGAAGAGUCUGACUCAUCACCACACAUUGGUAUGCGAGGUCCGGAUAAGAGUAAGUACAAGAGGCUAGAAAUACUUGUAUUCGCGGGAGAAAAUCUGGAGUCUUGGGUGUAUUGAGUAGAACACUACUUCGAGAUCCAUGAGUUGUCGGAUCCGGAGAAGGUGAAGGUAGUGGUAAUCAGCUUUGGGCCAGAUGAGGUCGACUGGUUUCGUUGGAGUCACAACCGGAAGGUGAUCACUACGUGGGAGGAGCUGAAGAGAAGGAUGUUUGAAUACAGGCAGACUGGAGAAGGAAGUUUGGGUGCGCGACUACUGAGGAUAAGGCAAGAAGGAUCAUACUCAAACUAUGUGAAGAAGUUUGUAGCAUAUUCAGCUCAUCUUCUCGACUUAACAGAGGAUGUUCUCAAAGAUACCUUCAUCAAUGGGCUGGAACCUACGUUGAGGGUAGAGGUGAUUAGCAGAAAACCAACAACCUUGGAGGAAUGUAUGCGCGAAGCCCAGUUAGUGAGUGAUAGAAACAUGGCCCUGAAGCUAGCACUAGCGGACCUGGGUGUAGUUGGGCCGGGUAGGAAAGAAACCCAAAUGAAAGAGGGUGCAACAUCUGAAAGAAAGAGUGGGAGACCGAUGGAUGUGCAAGCUAUAAAACACAUCACCUUACCAGUGAAAGGUAACCACGUGAAAAGAGAUCCUCCCAUGAAGCGCCUAUUAGAUAGUGAGUUUCGUGACCAGCUGGACAAGGGCCUUUGUUUUAGAUGUAAUGAGAAAUACGCACUUGGCUGUAGAUGCAAAGUCAAGGAAAAUCGCGAGCUCAUGCUAUUUAUUACCAACAAAGAAGAGGAAACGGUCGUGGAUGAAGAGGAAGGAGAAGAGCUAAAGGAGAUGAAAGCCAUAGAGGACGAAGAUAAAGCAGAAAUUGUUCUGAGAUCCAUGUUUGGGUUGUCCGCUCGAGGAACAAUGAAGCUAAAAGGGGAGUUGAAGGGAAAAGAAGUCCUUGUGCUAAUAGACUGUGAAACAACCCACAACUUUGUUCAUCAGAAAAUAGUAAGAGAGCUGCAUCUUCCAAUCGACAAAAAAAACUUCAAUGUGGUGAUCGAGAAUGGUACGGUAAUACAAGAGGAAGGAGUAUGCAAAGCCCUGGAGUUGAAUCCUCCCGCCCUGACCGUGAAGACUGACUUUCUUGCCAUUGAUCUCAGACAAAUGGACCUGGUGUUAGGGAUACCAUGGCUAUGUACAACAGGGUUUAUAGGAGUGCAUUGGCCUUCACUAACCAUGUCUUUCUUGGCAGGUAACUCACAAGUCGUAUUCGCGAGGAUCCCUCAUUGACCAAAUCGAAAGUGUCAUUCAAGACCUUAGCAAAAACAUGGCAGGCAAAGGACUGAUAACGGGUAGAAAUACACAUUAUUACAGCGCAAAGUUAUAAACAAUGCAGGAUUGCGACGGAAAAUGUGUUGACACAAGGUGGAAAGGCGAUCCAAAGAAAUUAACGUCCGAGCACAUUAAGAGAUUGCGACUGCAAGGCUAUGCGAUCAUUUGCGCUCGCAAAAAUCUGCUCAAGAAGGUGGUUGCAUAGAGUCGACGCUUCAAGGUGGGCGCAUCUAGGUUAAAGCUUAAUAAAUCACGAUGGGACAGAAAGUUGAUGACGGUCGAUUAUGAAUUAAGUUGACAAGCCAUUAGCGACAUACUGUAGCAAGUACACUUAACUUUUC